AAUUAAUGUACAAGAGCCAAGAGCUAAGGAAUGGAAAUGUCUAAUACAAUGGCCUGCUCAGCCUUACUCUGUCUAGUCCUUCUUUCGCAAGUUUGCUCAGGGCUUGCUAACUCUGCCUCAGCAAUCAAGUUUCUUCCUGGAUAUGAAGGGCCUUUGCCAUUUCAUCUCGAAACUGGGUAUGUGGGUGUGGGUGAAUCAGAGGAAGUGCAGCUCUUUUACUACUUUGUUAAGUCAGAGAAAAAUCCUGAAGAAGACCCUCUCCUGCUUUGGUUAACUGGUGGCCCUGGCUGCACUGCCUUCUCAGCUUUUGCUUUUGAAAUUGGCCCACUGAAUUUCAAGGUAGAGGAGUAUAGUGGAAGCGUGCCUAACUUGACCUUGAAUCCAUAUUCAUGGACAAAGGUGGCCAGCAUCAUCUUUGUAGAUUCACCUGUUGGUACCGGAUUCUCCUACUCCAGAAAGCCUCUUGUCUCUCCCAGCGGUGACUUCAAGCAAGUUCACCUGCUCCACCAAUUUCUAAGGAAGUGGAUUAUAGAUCAUCCUGAAUUCAUCUCAAGUCCAGUCUACAUUGCCGGAGACUCAUAUUCCGGCAUAAUUGUUCCAGCACUCCUCCAAGAAAUCUCUUAUGGAAAUGAAGAACAGCGUAUCAAGCCACCGAUAAAUGUCAAGGGAUACAUACUAGGGAACCCCAUAUUGAAUUCAAGUCUUGAACGCAGCUUUGAGAUCCCAUUUGCUCAUGGCAUGGGACUCAUUUCUGAUGAACUCUAUGAGUCUUUGACAAAAAGCUGUGGGGGAGGAGAGCAAGGAGAUGUAGAUCCCAGCAACAUCGAGUGCUGGGAAAAUCUUCAGUAUUUCAACAAGUGCAUAUCAGGAAUUCAAAUUGCACAAAUUCUGGAACCCUUGUGCGGUUUUGCUCUCCGAAAACAGCCAGAGAUGUCAGGCGAAAGACGCUACCUCCAUGACCUGCUACUCGAUCGAGAACCACCAAUACCCCUUGAUUGUCGCGCUUAUGGAUAUCUGCUGGCUAGUUAUUGGGCUAAUGAUGAUAGUGUCCGCAAUGCACUGCACGUAAUAAAGGGAAGUAUAGGAGAAUGGCAGCCGUGCCAGUUUGGAUUAUUUUAUGAUUCUGACAUUCCAGACAGUUUCCAGUAUCAUGUAAACCUCAGUACCAAAGGCUACCGUGCUUUAAUUUACAGUGGUGAUCACGACAUGGUCGUACCAUUCCUGUCGACUCAAGCUUGGAUAAGAUCUCUGAACUAUCCUAUUGUUGACGAUUGGCGACCAUGGAUUUUGCAAGGGCAAGUUGCAGGAUACACAAGGACGUACUCCAAUAGGAUGACAUUUGCAACUGUUAAGGGUGGAGGGCACACGGCUCCAGAGUACAGGCCAGCAGAAUGCCAAGCUAUGUUUGAAAGGUGGAUAUCUCAAGAACCCCUGUAAACUUGUAACGUUCUUCGGAAUUAAAAGCAGUGUAAAAGUGAAAUUUGAAAAUUGGCUUAGUGCCUGAACUUGUUAGAUUAGUUCCAGUUUAGUCUUUAAACUUAAUUCAGUAUCCAAUAUUGUAACAAAAUGAUGAUGUGGCA